GAGGGGUGGGGCGAGGGCGGGGCGAGGGCGGGGCCGGGGCGGCACUCGUGGGAGCGGAGGCGGGAGCCGGAGCGGACCAGGGGCUGCGGCCGCUGCCGUCGUCCUGGCUGGUGCGAGAGGGGUGGCGAGGCUGAAGCCUGGGAGACCCGCUGAAGGGCCAGCGAGACUCAGAGACCGGAGACCCGCCUCGGGAGACCUGAGACUCGGCGCGCGAGCGGAUUUCCUUGCGCUUGCCCGGAGCGCGCGCGGGGGUAGCCCCAUGGCCGGGAGUCCGGGCCGCGAUCCUUGGGGGGGCCCUGGGAUUUGUUACCUUCUUGGCUCCCUGCUCUCCGGACUGCUCUUCCCAGGGGCCGUCGCCUUCAAUCUGGACGUGAUGGGCGCCCUGCGCAAGGAGGGCGAGCCAGGGAGCCUGUUUGGCUUCUCUGUGGCUCUGCACCGGCAGUUGCAGCCCCGACCCCAGAGCUGGCUGCUGGUGGGCGCUCCCCAGGCUCUGGGCCUGCCCGGGCAGCAGGCGAAUCGCACUGGAGGCCUCUUCGCUUGCCCCCUGAGCCUGGAAGAGACUGACUGCUACAGAGUGGACAUUGACCGGGGAGCUGAUGUGCAGAAGGAGAGUAAGGAGAACCAGUGGUUGGGAGUCAGUGUUCGGAGCCAGGGACCUGGGGGCAAGAUUGUUACCUGUGCACACCGAUACGAGGCGCGGCAGCGUGUGGACCAGAUCCUGGAGACAAGGGACGUGAUUGGUCGCUGCUUUGUGCUGAGCCAGGACCUGGCCAUCCGCGAUGAGCUGGAUGGCGGGGAGUGGAAGUUCUGUGAGGGGCGCCCCCAGGGCCACGAACAAUUUGGGUUCUGCCAGCAGGGCACAGCUGCUGCCUUCUCUCCUGACAGCCACUACCUCCUCUUUGGGGCCCCGGGAACCUAUAACUGGAAGGGCACGGCCAGGGUGGAGCUCUGUGUGCAGGGCUCAGCGGACCUGGCACAUCUGGACGACGGGCCCUACGAGGCGGGGGGGUUGCUCUUUGUGACCAACAUUGAUAGCUCAGACCCCGACCAGCUGGUGUAUAAAACUUUGGACCCUGCUGACCGGCUCCCAGGACCAGCCGGAGACUUGGCCCUGAAUAGCUACUUAGGUUUCUCCAUUGACUCGGGGAGGAGUCUGGUGCGAGCGCAGGAGCUGAGCUUUGUGGCCGGGGCCCCCCGGGCCAACCACAAGGGGGCAGUGGUCAUUCUGCGCAAAGACAGUGCCAGUCGCCUGGUGCCUGAAGUUGUGCUGCCGGGGGAGCGCCUGACCUCCGGCUUUGGCUCCUCGCUGGCCGUGGCCGACCUCAACAACGACGGCUGGACAGACCUGGUAGUAGGUGCCCCCUACUUCUUUGAGCGCCAAGAGGAGCUGGGGGGUGCCGUGUAUGUGUACAUGAACCAGGGGGGUCGCUGGGCUGGGGUCUCCCCUCUCCGGCUCUGCGGCUCCCCUGACUCCAUGUUCGGGAUCAGCCUGGCUGUCCUGGGGGACCUCAACCAAGACGGCUUCCCAGACCUUGCCGUGGGGGCUCCCUUCGAUGGGGAUGGGAAGGUCUUUAUCUACCACGGGAGCAGCCUGGGGGUUGUCGCCACACCUUCCCAGGUGCUGGAGGGCGAGGCCGUGGACGUAAGGAGCUUCGGCUACUCUCUGUCGGGCGGCCUGGACGUGGACGGGAACCACUACCCGGACCUGCUGGUGGGCUCCCUGGCCGACACGGCCGUGCUCUUCAGGGCCAGGCCCGUCCUCCACGUCUCCCACGAGGUCUCUAUUCUUCCAAGAACCAUCGACCUAGAACAGCCCAACUGUGCCAGUGGCCACUCAGUCUGCAUGGACCUCAGGGCCUGUUUCAGCUACAUGGCAUCGCCCAGCGGCUACAGCCCCGUCGUGGCCCUGGAAUACACGAUAGAUGGGGACACAGACCGGAGGCUCCGGGGCCAGGUCCCCCGCGUGACCUUCCUGAGCCGUGGCCCGGAUGACCCCAAGCACCAGGCCUCGGGCACCGUGUGGCUGAAACACCAGCAGGACCGAGUCUGUGGAGACGCGAUGCUGCAGCUUCAGGAGAAUGUCAAAGACAAGCUUCGGCCCAUCGUGGUGACGCUGUCUUAUAGUCUCCAGACCCCUCGGCUCCGAAGACGGGCUCCUGGCCAGGGGCUGCCCCCCGUGGCCCCCAUCCUCAAUGCCCACCAGCCCAGCACCCAGCGGACAGAGAUCCACUUUCUGAAGCAAGGCUGUGGUGAAGACAAGGUGUGCCAGAGCAAUCUGCAGCUGGUCCGCGCCCGGUUCUGCGCCCGCGUCAGUGACACGGAGUUUCAGCCUCUGCCCAUGGAUGCAGAUGGGACGACCGCCCUAUUUGCACUGAGUGGGCAGCCAGUCAUGGGCCUGGAGCUGAAGGUCACCAAUCUGCCCUCGGACCCGGCCCAGCCCCAGGCUGAUGGGGAUGAUGCCCACGAAGCCCAGCUGCUGGUCGCCCUCCCUGCCUCUCUGCGCUACUCAGGAGUCCGGGCCCUGGACCCUGCGGAGAAGCCGCUGUGCCUGUCCAAUGAGAACGCCUCCCAUGUUGAGUGUGAGCUGGGGAACCCCAUGAAGAGGGGCGCCCAGGUCACCUUCUACCUCAUCCUUAGCACCUCAGGGAUCACCAUUGAGACCACAGAGCUGGAGGUGGAGCUGCUGCUGGCCACGAUCAGCGAACAGGAGCUGCACCCGGCCUCCGCCCGAGCCCGCGUCUUCAUCGAGCUGCCGCUGUCCGUCACGGGGGUGGCCAUUCCCCAGCAGCUCUUCUUCUCUGGCGUGGUGCGAGGAGAGAGCGCCAUGCAGUCGGAGCGGGAUGUGGGCAGCAAGGUCAAGUAUGAGGUUACGGUCUCCAACCAAGGCCAGUCGCUUAACACCCUGGGCUCGGCCUUCCUAAACAUCAUGUGGCCCCACGAGAUUGCCAACGGGAAGUGGCUGCUGUACCCCGUGCGGGUGGAGCUGGAGGGCGGGCAGGGGCCCGAGCGGAGGGGACUCUGUUCCCCCAGGCCCAACAUCCUCCACCUGGACGUGGACAGCAGGGACAGGAGGCGGCGGGAGCUGGGGCGGCCGGAGCCGCAGGAGCCUCGGGAGCCGCCGGAGCCCAGCACGUCCUGGUGGCCGGUGUCCUCUGCCGAGAAGAAGAAAAACGUCACCCUGGACUGUGCCCGGGGCACGGCCAGCUGCGUGGUGUUCAGCUGCCCCCUCUACAGUUUUGACCGCGUGGCUGUGCUGCACGUCUGGGGCCGCCUCUGGAACAGCACCUUCCUGGAGGAGUACUCAGCUGUGAAGUCCCUGGAAGUGAUUGUCCGAGCCAACAUCACCGUGAAGUCUUCCAUCAAGAACUUGCUGCUCAGAGACGCCUCCACAGUGAUCCCAGUGAUGGUUUACCUGGACCCGGCGGCUGUGGCGGCAGAAGGAGUCCCCUGGUGGGUCAUCCUCCUGGCGGUACUGGCCGGGCUGCUGGUGCUGGCGCUGCUGGUGCUGCUGAUGUGGAAGAUGGGAUUCUUCAAGCGAGCGCGAUACCCCGAAGCCACCGUGCCCCAGUACCACGCGGUGAAGAUCCCUCGGGAAGACCGGCAGCAGUUCAAGGAGGAGAAGACAGGCACCAUCCUGAGGAGCAACUGGGGCAGCCCCCGGCGGGAGGGCCCUGACGCACACCCCAUCCUGGCUGGGGAUGGGCACGCGGAGCUGGGCUCCGACGGGCGUCCGGUUCCGGGCACCGCCUAGCCUCCCCUGCCCCAGCCUGGCCGGUGGGCCCCCUGCACCCCUUCCCUGGAGACGGCUCCUGGGGAUGAGGAGCGCAGGCUGAGCUGCUGGUGUCCCGUCAGGAUUUGGCAGGAUCUGUUUCCGCGGGGGCCCAGGCCUCUCUUCCCAUCAGGCCCGCCCCCCGACCUCCCCUUAGAAUGCCGCGAGAGGAGAGGGGGUGCAUCGC